AUGUUGGCUUCUAAAACCCAGCUGGUAAACCCUUGUCUAAACCUGAUCUCAUUCCCUCCUUCCCCAAAACCCCGCAACAUCCCCAACACCCUCACCUUCUUCCGCCCCAAAUAUCCACCGCACUCGUACUCGCACUCACUCUCAAUCAAAGCCCAACACCAGGCUCAUACCACUCCAGGUCAGCUCCGGGUCGACAUUCUCUCCGAAUCCCUACCCUUCAUCCAGAAAUUCCGAGGCAAAACCAUCGUCGUCAAGUACGGCGACGCCACCAUGAAAGACGAGACCCUCCAGGCCACCGUCAUCAGAGACCUCGUCCUCCUCGCUUGCGUCGGCCUCCGCCCCAUUCUGGUCCACGGUGGCGGCCCCGAGAUCAACCUCUGCCUCAAGCGCCUCAACAUCGAGGUCAACUUCCACGACGGCCUCCGUGUCACCGACGCGCCCACCAUGGAGAUCGUCUCCAUGGUCUUGGCCGGCAAAGUCAACAAGCAUUUGAUCUCCUUGAUCAACUGGGAAGGAGUCAAGGCCAUCGGCCUCUGCGGCUCUAACGGCGAGCUCAUCACCUCCCGCCCCGCCCCCAACGCCGCCAAGUUAGGGUUUGUCAGUAAAGUUAUAGGUAUGAGCUGUGGUGUCCGCAAAUGGAAUGAGGAGCACAGGGAGAAGGGAGAAGAUGCUUAUGAUGAUAACAUUUUUGAAGAUUUGGUAAGGAGAUUUGAGACACCAGAUAGAAGAAAUCGGUGGGAUUCCCCUUUGUUUGAGUUAUGGCCACAUAGAGAAGGUGUAGGAUCUUCUGCUGCCAUUCUAGAUUCGAUUUCGUAUCUGACAAAGAAGGUGGACUUCGGAGAGGCUACGGCGGCUCACGGCGACCUGGCUUGGAGGAAUGGCAGCUACGGGUUGUCUAGGCUUCUAGGCAGUAGGUGA